CACAAAGCAAAAACAGAUUUUGGUUUUCCUGUCAGAUUUUUUUGUUUUUUCCCUAAAUUAAUGGUACUGAUUGGGUUUUCUGUUAAUCUAACUUACCCUUAAGAUGGGAGCAUUGUUUGGAAAGCCUAAGAAAAAGGAAGGAGGCAUUACAGACCAGGACAGAGCUGUUUUGCAACUGAAACAACAAAGGGACAAGUUGAAACAAUACCAAAAGAAGAUCACAGUUCAGCUAGAAAAGGAUAGAUGUACUGCCAAGCAAUUGUUGCAUGAUGGCAAGAAAGACAAAGCAAAAGCCUUACUCAGAAAGAAGAAAUAUCAAGAAAGUUUACUAACAAAGACAGAUGCUCAGUUAGAGAAUAUAGGCAAUCUGGUUCAAGAGAUUGAGUUUGCUCAGGUUGAGCUUCAGGUUGUGGAGGGAUUGAAGUCUGGUAAUGAGGCUCUCAAGAAAAUGCACCAGUUGAUGUCAUUAGAAGAUGUUGAGAAGAUCAUGGAUGAUACACAAGAAGCCGUGGAAUAUCAACGUGAGAUUGACGAUUUAUUGUCAGGUGGAUUAACGCAAGAAGAUGAAGACGAUGUCCUCGCUGAACUGGACGACUUAGUCAAACAAUCCUUACCAGAUGUCCCAACUGGAGAGCUCGAUGUGGAUGAGGAACUUGAGCUACCAGAUGUGCCUGGAGAGAGACCACGGGAGAAGACGAGAAAGAAAGAGGCCCUGGCAGCAUCCUAGUUUGCGGUGAUAAUGAGAGUACAUAUACUUGUAGCUACAUCAUGUCACAACUGCAAUACAGCUCCUUAAGGACUGAUGGCAACAUGAAUUUCUUUAGUAACAAAAUGUAAGACAAAUGCAAGAAAAGUGUAAGAGAAAUGUAAGAUGUAACACAUUUAAGAGAUCACAUGCAUUUUGUAGGCUGUACAAAACUAUAGCACAUGCACAUUAUAUUAGUACAGCUAAAAUCAGACAAAGCACGACCAAGAACAAACCAUUUGAAAUGAAAAACUAACAAAUUUCCCAGUGAUUUUAGGCUUGUUUUGCAUGCAGUGUCAUUUUUUGUGAAAUGGAACGUGGAGUAUCUUUGUAAUAGGUUUUAUUUUGACGGGGUUCAGAAUUAUUAAAGUAGUGAUGUGCAGCAACUAAGUUAGUUGUCAUCACUGGGCAUAUCUUUUUGAAUCCAGCUAUUAUAAGAAUCAAGUAGAGUAAUUUAGCUAAUUUAGUACAUGUCAUUUUUUUCUUUUUGGUGUACAUUUCAUCUGCUCCUUCUGUACGAUACUUCUUGCACUAAAUCCUUGCACUAUCACUUAUAAAUGCUUUAUAACUCUGUAAAAAUACAAUAUUUAAUAAAAAUAAAACACAAAUC